ACUACAAAUCCCGGCAUGCUUUGGGAUGCACCGGUCCUCGCCCCUCGCCAGUUCCGCCCCCUUUCCCCACAGCCCCCGCCCGCCGGGUUGGACUCGGAGAGUUUGUUCGGUGGCCGUGGCAGACGGAGGUGCUACGAUAACCCCGGCUGCGGCACGAUGGACGACUCUAAAGUGAAGGUGGCGGUGCGGGUCCGGCCAAUGAACCGACGAGAAAUUGACUUACAUACCAAAUGUGUGGUGGAUGUCGAAGCAAACAAAGUUAUUCUGAAUCCUGUAAAUACAAAUCUUUCCAAAGGAGAUGCCCGGAGCCAGCCGAAGAUAUUUGCAUAUGAUCACUGUUUCUGGUCCAUGGACGAAUCCGUCCGAGAGAAGUAUGCAGGUCAAGAUGAUGUUUUCAAGUGCCUUGGGGAAAACAUCCUUCAGAAUGCAUUUGAUGGCUACAACGCCUGUAUCUUUGCCUACGGGCAGACAGGGUCUGGAAAGUCUUACACCAUGAUGGGUACAGCCGACCAGCCUGGACUAAUCCCCAGACUCUGCAGUGGACUCUUCGAGCGGACCCAGAAAGAGGAGAAUGAAGAGCAGAGCUUUAAAGUCGAAGUAUCGUACAUGGAGAUUUAUAAUGAGAAAGUUCGAGACCUUCUUGACCCCAAAGGAAGCCGUCAAACUUUGAAAGUGAGAGAGCACAGUGUGUUGGGACCCUACGUGGAUGGACUUUCCAAACUGGCUGUCACAAGCUACAAGGAUAUUGAGUCUCUGAUGUCCGAGGGCAACAAGUCUCGGACAGUUGCUGCAACCAACAUGAAUGAGGAAAGCAGCCGGUCCCAUGCAGUCUUCAAGAUCACCCUGACACAUACUCUGUACGAUGUGAAGUCUGGGACAUCUGGAGAGAAAGUGGGCAAGCUGAGCUUAGUGGAUUUAGCUGGCAGCGAACGAGCCACAAAAACUGGAGCUGCUGGCGACAGGCUGAAGGAGGGCAGCAACAUCAACAAGUCUCUCACAACCCUGGGUCUGGUUAUCUCGGCCCUAGCUGAUCAGGGCGCUGGCAAAAACAAAAAUAAGUUUGUUCCCUACCGGGACUCAGUUCUCACGUGGCUCCUCAAGGACAGUCUCGGGGGAAAUAGCAAGACCGCCAUGGUGGCCACUGUGAGCCCAGCCGCUGAUAACUAUGACGAAACCCUCUCAACCCUGAGGUAUGCAGAUCGAGCCAAGCACAUUGUCAACCACGCUGUGGUGAACGAGGAUCCUAAUGCGCGGAUCAUCCGAGAUCUCCGAGAAGAGGUGGAGAAGCUCCGCGAGCAGCUGACCAAGGCUGAGGCAAUGAAAUCUCCAGAGCUGAAAGACCGUCUAGAAGAAUCUGAGAAGCUCAUCCAGGAAAUGACUGUGACCUGGGAGGAGAAACUAAGGAAAACCGAGGAGAUUGCACAGGAGCGGCAGAAGCAGCUUGAGAGCCUCGGGAUAUCUCUUCAGACUUCUGGAAUCAAAGUUGGCGAUGACAAGUGCUUCCUGGUUAACCUGAAUGCUGACCCCGCUCUGAAUGAACUCCUGGUGUACUACUUAAAGGAGCACACACUGAUAGGGUCAGCAAAUUCCCAGGACAUCCAGCUCUGCGGGAUGGGCAUUCUUCCCGAGCACUGUAUCAUAGACAUCAUGCCUGAAGGCCAGGUCAUGCUGACCCCUCAGAAGAACACCAGGACAUUUGUCAAUGGGUCUUCUGUCUCCAGCCCCAUCCAGCUGCACCAUGGGGACAGGAUUCUCUGGGGAAACAACCAUUUCUUCAGACUCAAUCUGCCAAAAAAGAAAAAGAAAGUCGAACGAGAGGAUGAGGAGCAUGAUGCUUCCCUGAAGAACGACAGCAGCUAUGAGCAUCUGGAUGCUGACGGGGACUCUUCCAGUGAGGUGUCCAGCGAGAUCAACUUCAACUUCGAGUAUGCACAGAUGGAGGUGACCAUGAAGGCCCUGGGCAGCAACGAUCCAAUGCAGUCCAUAUUGAACAGCCUAGAGCAGCAGCAUGAGGAGGAAAAGCGAUCGGCUCUAGAGCGCCAGAGGCUCAUGUACGAACACGAACUGGAGCAGCUCCGAAGAAGGCUGUCUCCUGAGAGGCAGAACUGCCGUGGUGUGGACCGGCUCUCCUUCCACUCGCCCAGUGCCCAGCAGCGCUUGAGACAGUGGGCUGAGGAGAGAGAAGCAACAUUGAAUAAUAGCUUGAUGAGGCUAAGGGAACAGAUUGUAAAGGCCAACCUACUGGUGCGAGAAGCUAGCUACAUCGCAGAGGAGCUGGAUAAAAGAACUGAGUACAAAGUCACCCUCCAGAUUCCAGCCUCCAGCCUGGAUGCCAACAGGAAGCGAGGCUCUCUCCUCAGUGAACCUGCCAUCCAGGUGAGAAGAAAAGGAAAAGGAAAGCAGAUUUGGUCUUUGGAAAAGCUGGAAAACAGGCUCUUAGAUAUGAGAGACCUCUACCAGGAGUGGAAGGAAUGUGAAGAAGACAGCCCGGUCACCCGGUCCUACUUCAAGCGUGCCGACCCGUUCUACGAUGAGCAGGAGAACCACAGUCUAAUUGGUGUGGCCAAUGUCUUCCUGGAGACCCUGUUUUAUGACGUGAAGUUACAGUAUGCUGUGCCAAUCGUCAACCAGAAGGGAGAGGUGGCAGGCCGGCUGCAUGUGGAGGUGAUGCGACUCAGCGGGGCUAUUGGGGAGAGGAUCGUAGGAGGAGAGGAUGCUGCAGAGGUCAGCUCUGACAAGGACGCCCAGGAGAACAGGCUGGUUUGCAUGGUUAAAAUACUACAAGCCACAGGAUUGCCGCAACAUCUGUGCCACUUUGUGUUCUGCAAAUACGACUUCUGGGAUCAGCAGGAGCCAGUGACUGUUGCCCCUGAAGUGGAUACCUCUUCGUCUCCCACCAGCAAGGAGCCACAGUGUAUGGUUGUGUUCGAUCAUUGCAGUGAGUUCAAUGUUAACAUCACAGAAGACUUCAUUGAGUACCUCUCAGAUGGGGCACUGGCCAUUGAAGUCUAUGGGCAUAAAGUGACUGAUCCUCGGAAGAACCCAGCCCUGUGGGAUUUGGGAAUCAUCCAAGCAAAGACAAGGAGUCUUCGGGACAGGUGGAGUGAAGUCACCAGGAAGUUGGAAUUCUGGGUUCAGAUCUUGGAACAGAAUGAGAAUGGUGAAUACUGUCCCGUGGAAGUGAUUGCUGCAAAAGAUGUCCCAACAGGAGGGAUCUUCCAACUCCGACAGGGGCAGUCUCGGCGAGUUCAAGUUGAAGUGAAGUCCGUGCAGGAGUCAGGGACUUUACCACUGAUGGAAGAGUGCAUAUUGUCUGUUGGCAUUGGGUGUGUGAAAGUUAGACCACUCAGGUCCCCUAAGAUCCACGAGACCAGUCAUGAGGAAGAGGAGGACAUGGACAGCUACCAGGAUAGGGAUCUAGAGAGGCUGCGUAGAAAAUGGCUCAAUGCAUUAACCAAGCGUCAGGAAUACUUGGAUCAGCAACUGCAGAAGCUCGUCAGUAAACAUGACAAAACCGAGGAUGAUGCUGAGCGGGAGGCACAGCUCCUGGAGAUGCGGCUGACGCUCACAGAGGAGAGAAAUGCAGUGAUGGUGCCCUCUGCUGGCAGUGGCAUUCCAGGGGCACCAGCAGAAUGGACCCCAGUGCCUGGAAUGGAGAACCACAUUCCUGUCAUAUUCCUUGACCUAAAUGCGGAUGAUUUCAGCUCUCAGGAUAAUCUCGAUGACCCAGAAGCCGGAUGGGAUGCUACCCUGACUGGGGAAGAGGAGGAGGAGUUCUUUGAGCUGCAGAUUGUGAAGCAAUACGAUGGUGAGGCGAAGGCAGAGGCCUCCUGGGACUCUGCAGUGCACAGCUGUCCCCAGCUCAGUAAGGGUACUCCUGCUGAUGAGCGAGUGUUCCUCAUCCUGCGAGUGACAGUCCAGCUCAGCCAUCCCGCCGACAUGCAGCUGGUCCUACGCAAGAGGAUUUGUGUCCAUGUUCAUGGGCGCCAGGGCUUUGCUCAAAGUCUCCUCAAAAAGAUGUCUCAUCGGAGCUCUAUUCCUGGCUGUGGAGUGACCUUUGAGAUUGUCUCCAAUAUUCCAGAGGAUGCCCAGGGAGUAGAGGAGCGAGAGGCACUGGCAAGGAUGGCAGCUAAUGUGGAAAACCCAGCUUCUGCCGACUCCGAGGCCUAUAUUGAGAAGUACUUAAGGAGUGUGCUGGCUGUGGAAAACCUCCUGACUUUAGAUCGCCUUCGUCAGGAAGUGGCCGUGAAGGAGCAGCUGACAGGGAAAGGGAAGCUGAACCGGAGAAGUAUUAGUUCACCCAGCAUGAACAGGUUGUCUGGAAGCCGGCAGGAGCUUAGCCCCUCCCACAGUCUGGGCAGCAACAAGGGCCGGUGGGAAAGUCAACAGGAUGUAUCCCAAAUACUAGUUUCCAGCAGAAUAACUUCAAGUCCUCCAGCUCACCCUGUUUCUCCCCAGAAUAACCAGUCUCCUGAUCCUGGACUGGGUGGCAUAGCAGCCUCUUAUUUGAACCCAGUAAAGUCCCUGGUCCCACAGAUGCCAAAGCUGCUGAAGUCACUCUUCCCUGUCCGUGACGACCGAAGAGCCAGACAGUCAUCUCCCCUUGCACACCAGCCUGUGCCCCGAAUCUUGGUGCAGCCUACCUUCUCAGAUGCCCAGGCAACGAGGACAGAGGAGGCUCAAGGAGGCAGCCCAGUGCCUGGUGGGGCUUUGGAGUCCGUGGUGCAGAUGGCGGCCCCUGCAGUAAAGAUCUGCGACAAACCUGUCAAAGCGUCUUCCUCGCCAUCUACCAUGGUGGUUACUCAGCCCCCAGAAGGGCAAGAUGGCCCCCCCAGCCCCUUGAGUGAAGCUUCCAGUGGCUACUUUUCCCACAGCGUCUCCACUGCCACCCUGUCAGAAACAUUCACCCUAGGCCUGGACACCACAGGCCCUGGCAACCAGACACCUGGGUCUCCCCCUGCCCUGAGUCAGGUCACCUCAGAGCCUGAGCUGGCUUUCCUCUCCUGUUCUAAGAGCCAUCCACCUGCCCCGGAAGAGUCCCAGGUACUGCCUGCCACACCCUCUCAAAGCAUAGAGCUGGAGGUUCCCAGACCACCCCUUCUUUCUGAACCUACGUCUACUGUGCCCACAUCCCCAUUCAGAAUCCGGAAAGUGCGGACCUCAGAGCUUAAGUCCUUCACAGGCAUGCUGGGGGGUGCCUCCUCUGGAGCUGAGGAGGACCCACUGGCUUCAGAAGAGCUCAGCCAUGCUGGGGGACAAGCCCUGGGGAGGCUAGAAGUGACAUCUGACUCUGAGGAGGCCAGCGAAGUCCCUGAGUGGCUCAAGGAGGGAGAGUAUGUUGUUGUGGGCACCAGCAAGACCGGCAUCGUGAGGUACAUUGGACCCACUGACUUCCAGGAGGGGACAUGGAUUGGUGUGGAGCUGGAUCUGCCUUCAGGAAAGAAUGAUGGCUCCAUUGGCGGGAAGCAGUAUUUCAAGUGCAACCCUGGCUAUGGGCUGCUGGUGAGACCGGGCCGAGUCCGCAGGGCUGCAGGCCCUGGGCGCAGGCGCAGUGCAGGGCUCCAGCCUCAGGGAGCCCCAGAGGCCCGCAGGAGUGCUACCAUCUCGGGCUCUGCCACCAACCUGGCCUCACUGACAGCUGCAUUGGCCAAGGGCGACAGGAGCCACAAGAACCCUGAGAACCGGAAGUCCUGGGCCAGCUGAAUUGCACCCCACUCCUGGUGGACACUGAUGGGAAGGGGGAGACCUUCUGGUACCUCCCUGGAGGACACCCCUUCCAUGGGAGCAGGGCCAUGAAUGCUUUUUGCACGAUGCGGGGAUGGUGGGCAACCUGGUUCUCCGUCCUCCCUGGGAAUCUGGAAGCUGCAUUUCUUCCUCUACUUGAUGAAGGCAGAGGCUCCUCAGCUGCACUCCUCCAGCUGGGGUGGAAGGUUUUGGGAUCCCAGAGACUUUGAGGGAUGAUAGUUGGCUGGCAGGGCUGUUCCUCCCUGCCUGCUUGAAACGGGGGGGGGGGGGGUCCCAGCCAGGUUUGUUGGGCUCCCCCUUUCCUUAUUCUGCUGACUUUACUAAUGUUUUAAUUUAAACAAUGACCCUAACUAGUGUCUUGCCCUCCACAGACAGGAGUUCCCUCUUGUGCCCGGGGAGCAGCCCAUAUCACUCUCUGUGCACCAGUCUCCCUAACCCGUGUCCAUCCUUCUGUGUGGUGUCCAGUCUUUACACCAGAAAGUCUCUCCUUUUGACUAUUCAUUCCCUAACAGGAUGCUUGAACUAUAUUUAUUUAAUUUAUUCUUUUCAAAAGCUGAAAUAAUCAGUGACCCACAGCCGCUGCCUGUCCCAGCUUAUCUGCCUAGGGCCUGCCUUGCACUCACUGCCUCUGGCUGCUUGGAGCUGCAGCCUUUUGGAGGGUACUGCUGGAGGGGGCCAGCAGAUGAAGCCACCCUUAUGUUGCUAGAAUGCAGAUACACCAUGCCUUAUUUUCACUGGGGUGAAGGCAGGCCCAGGGGCUUGACACAGCUCAAGCCCUUAGUACCUUGUUUCAGGAAACAGCUGGAUAGUGUUUGCCUCCAUGGCAGUUCCUAAACCCUGACUACACCUGUGGGCCACCAGCUGGGCAGGCAGCGGUGAGGGGAGAACUGCCCUCCAUUUUCCUUCCUUGGAUAUAUGCUGCAGUCAUGGUAGAUCCCAGGACAUGACCACCUCCUCCCUGGAAUGUGUGUGGGGGUUGAGCGGGCAGGUCGAAGCCACCCAGUCCUGUUGUCCCAGGUUCUGCCCUGUUCUUCAGCUCAGAAUGGAAGUUAUUCUUGGCAGCUUGUUGUAAGUUUUGACCCUCGGAGUCUUUGAUUUUUUGAGACAGGGUUUUUUUUUUUGCCUAACAGUCCUGGCUAUUCUGGAACUUUGUAGAACAGGCUGGCCUCAAACUCUCUGACCCUUAUGAACCACCCCCAGAAGGCUUUUGUUGGGGAGUGGGUUUAGUGACCCUUCAGAUCACCCCAGCCCCGCCCCCCGGCCCUGUGGCCCCCAUGCUAGUGUUCCUGGCACUGAGUCCGGACAGUCUGUGUCGUCUGAUGCGUGCCCUGCCCGAGUAGAGGCUGAUUCAGGGCAAAGGAUGGCGGUCUCCCUGCCUUGAGCCUGCACAGAAGCCCCAGCAGGGGUGGGGUGUUGAGAGUUACUCUGCUCUAGUCACCAGGGGGCCUGGCUGGCAGAGGGUCCGGCUGGAGAGACCUGCCUCUAUCUCCUGGAACAGCACAGAUGAGGCAGGCACCAGGCCUCUUAACUCCUUCAGCUGGCAUUUUGAGGAUCCCCUCUAGAUGUGUGUUGCUGAGUUAGCACUGCCAGUUCUGCCUGGCUUGUUCUUGGGGCCAGCACAGAAGUUCUCGGUUGUGUUUCAGUUAGAGGUUUUGUCCAGUCAGCGUCCACGGUGUCCCCCAGAGAGCAGUGCAGAGUCCCAGAGUACCUCCUCCCUCUGGGGCGGCCAUGCAGUGUGUGCUAGGGAGAGUAGUUCCUGUAGGCAUAGGGCCAGUAUUGUUAUGCUGGGGGAAGGGACAUUAUGCCAUCUGUCACUUCUCAAACAGGAUGUAAAGGGACUGCUGACUUCAUCUUGUUAGCUGGGGCUCUCCAGAGCACUGCAAGUCCUGAGUGAUCCAGCUUGACCAGCUGUUGUCUGGUGGUUCUGGGACCUUCUCUCCUUCCAGCCCACUCUCCUCCCAGCUCCUUGGACCUGAGGCUCCCCAGCCCUCCCCACUCCCAAGCUGCUGAAAAGCACCAUUCCCACGGGGCCCUGCAGGACAGCCUUCAGGUGAAGCGCUCCAGCUUCCUAGGCAGCUGGCCCAAACACGGCUAGGACAGCUCCGCCCUCAAGUGGUUUGCGCUGGGGCCCAACUGUGGGGCUGUGUUUUGUAAGGGCAGUCUGCCUUCACAGAAGGCUCCUCGCUCUCAUGUACCUUGGUGCUUCACGCCUUUAAUGGGAGUGAAGUUUGGAGCCUCAUGCUGGCAAGUUUAUCUUCAUGGGUGUUUCUUAUGAGCCGUCCCUGUAGCUGAGAGGACCCUGUGUGUGUGCCUGCUGUGAGGGUAGGGAGGUGACCACAGGAAAGCUGGCGCUUCAGGGUGGGUCUGAAGAGAUGGAGCCUAGGCUUGCUGCACCCUCACGUCCCCUGCUGUCUGGGCUGCUAUACUAGAUGAGGCCACACGGGCCAGCUGCAGCCUCGAGCUGUUACUCAAUGCUUUUCUGGAGCAGGCUGACACUAACUUGCAGCUGGAAAGUGGUGAUGUACAGGGGUCAUGGUCGCUAAAAUACCAGGUAGUUUAGGCAGGUAGUGGGUGUGUAGUUGGGGCCCAGGACUAAGGGGCAGAGGGCCAUUGUUUCUGGGUUGUGUUUAGGGACAUGGCCCCUGAGGAGCUGCAAAGGUUUAGAUGGUGUCUCCACAUCUGUGGUCGUCCCCACCACUUCUCAUACCUUAGAGGCUCCAUGUGGGAAGCAGGCGAGUGGCUCACACAGCAUCAACCCGCCUGCCCAAGCUGCCUGUGUAUGCGGUGUGAUGUGCAUGGAGGGUGAUUUGAAGCUUCUUGUGCCUCAGGACCCAGGCCACCUCAGGUCAAGACUAUAGGGCCAUCUCUAGUGCCUUCCUUGGGGCCAGCUUCCAGCCCCAGACACUACCCAAAGCAUCUUUCUCUUAAAAUCUGUGGUGCCUUCCUGGUGGGCUGUGGAUAUCCACGGUGUGGGGAAAGUCGGGAACAGCACGGGUGUGUGGAUCAUAUAAAUACGAGCUCACAUGAAGGGAUGUUGAUUCCAGGAUUACAGUGAUUUGGUGCAUAUUAAAUGGGAAUUAAAAAUCCAAAGACCCUGUAAUGAAUAGUAAAGAUGAUGAUUUAUGUUGUACGAUGAACCAAACUACUGUAAUUUUGUACCAUAAAUGCCUUUCUAUCAAGUGACCAACAGCUUCUAAAUAAAGCCAGAUGGUUUCUUGCUUA